AUGAGCCGCAAUAAACAUAAAUCAGAUGACACGUCGAUCAUAGGCCAUCGGCCGGGUGCGGCAACUCGCCUGCGAAACUAUUUUUUGACCGGCCUCGUGAUCACCGGCCCGAUCGGUAUCACACUCUGGUUGACCUGGACCUUUAUCAAGUGGGUUGACGGCUGGGUGAAGCCCUUCGUGCCCAAGGUCUACAAUCCAGAAACCUACCUGCCGUUUCCUGUACCCGGCUUCGGACUGAUCGUUGCGAUCUUCGUUCUGACGAUCGUCGGAUUCCUCGCGGCGAAUUUCCUGGGGCGGAGCAUGAUAUCUUUCGGCGAAGGUGUGGUCGGAAGAAUGCCGCUUGUUCGCAAUAUUUACAGUGGCUUAAAGCAAAUAUUUGAGACAGUGCUUGAUGAACGCGGAAACAGCUUCACCAAGGCGGCACUUGUCCAAUAUCCGCGCAAGGGGCUCUGGGCUAUCGUCUUCAUUUCGACGGAAACCAAAGGAGAAGUCGCAAAGCGUCUGAAAGACACGGCAAAGACAGUCUCCGUUUUCCUGCCGACGACACCCAACCCGACAUCCGGCUUCCUGCUCUUCGUGCCCAAGGAAGACAUCAUCGAACUCAGCAUGGGUGUUGAAGACGCGGCGAAACUGGUCAUUUCGGCGGGUCUUGUCAGUCCUGAUCUUCCGGAUAUCCUGGAAGAUGUCAUCGCCGAACCGGAAAAACUGGAAGAGAUCCGGAACAGGGAGAGUGCCUGA